UCUCAUAUUCAUUCACCCACUGCAAUUUCUUUCAUCAAGAGGUUUAAACUCCCAAUUCUCUACGUUUUAUUGGUUUAGGGUUUCUUCGACAUGGCACGUACGAAGCAGACCGCUCGCAAGUCCACUGGUGGCAAGGCGCCACGUAAGCAGCUGGCUACGAAGGCUGCCCGUAAGUCUGCUCCGGCGACCGGCGGUGUGAAGAAGCCUCACAGGUUCCGUCCAGGGACGGUGGCGCUGAGGGAAAUUAGAAAGUACCAGAAGAGCACAGAGCUUCUCAUCCGAAAGCUUCCGUUUCAGAGACUUGUGAGGGAAAUUGCACAGGACUUCAAGACUGACUUGAGGUUUCAGAGUAGCGCUGUUUCUGCGCUUCAAGAAGCCGCUGAAGCCUAUCUUGUGGGAUUGUUCGAGGACACCAACCUCUGCGCCAUUCACGCCAAGAGGGUUACCAUAAUGCCCAAAGAUAUUCAACUCGCUCGUAGAAUUAGAGGCGAGAGGGCUUAAAGACGCUGUUGAAAUGCUUAGUGAGUAGAGUUAGGGUUCUGUCUUUGAUUGUUAUGGCUAGGGUUUGACCUUUGUCUUGGUUGUAAGAAUGGUGUAAUUGUUGUUCCUGUGGAGAAUGAAAUGUGAAUCUAAUUUCUUUUGAAUGAUAAAAAUGUUUACCCUUUCUUGAUA